AUGGUCUCAAACAGAAUUGAAGGCGAGCCCACGGAUGCGGCCCCUCUCGGCAAGCCGUUGAAGUUCGAGUUCAGCGGGAAGACCGCCAGCAACCGGUUUUUGAAGGCUGCAAUGACUGAGAGAUUAUCAUCAUGGGACGCCAAGGACCUACCCAAGCGAGGUAUUCCCUCCAAAGAACUCAUCAACGUCUACAAGCGCUGGGGCGAGGGCGGAUUUGGGGUGAUUCUUACCGGAAAUGUCAUGGUUGACUAUGACCAGCUCGAGGCUGCCGGCAACCCCAUCGUCCCCCGGGAAGCAGAGUUCUCGGGCGAGCGCUUCGAGGCGUUCAGGGAGUUGGCUACCGAAAGCAAGAAGCAAGGCAGCCUCAUCGUCGCACAGGUAUCCCACCCAGGUCGCCAGGUCUCUGACAAUAUCAACCCUCACCCGAUCAGUGCCAGCGAUGUUCAGCUGGAGGGUAAUGUAAUGGGUAUGACCUUUGCCAAGCCUCGUGCUAUGGAGAAGAAGGAUUUCGAUGCAGUGAUUGGUGGAUUUGCACAUGCAGCCGAGUUCCUUUACAAGGCUGGCUACGACGGUGUUGAGUUGCACGGGGCACACGGUUAUCUGCUAGCACAGUUCCUGUCGCCAACCACAAACAAACGUACCGAUCAGUACGGCGGUUCCUUGCUGAACAGGGCUCGCAUCAUCUUUGAAAUCAGUGAUGCCAUCCGCGAACGUGUCCCAGACAAGUCCUUCAGCAUCAGCAUCAAGUUGAACAGUGUCGAGUUCCAAGACGGUGGCUUUUCGACCGAUGACUGCAAGGAUCUCUGCGUCGAGCUUGAGAAGCACAACUUUGACUUUGUUGAGCUUUCCGGUGGUACUUACCAGUCCUUGGGUUUCCAGCACAAGCGUGAGAGCUCUAAGAAGCGCGAGGCUUUUUUCCUGGACUUCGCUGACGCCAUUGUGCCACAACUCAAAAAGACAAAGGCUUAUGUUACUGGUGGCUUGAGAAGCGUGGAUGCAAUGGUCAAGGCUUUGGGUAGCGUCCAUGGCGUAGGACUGGCUCGUCCCAUUAGUCAUGAGUUUGACCUGCCGAACAAGAUAUUGGCCGGAAAGGUCAAUGGUGCUCUUGACUACAAGCUCGAUGAGCAGGACUUUGGUAUUACCAACGUCGCUGCUGGUACACAAAUCCGACUUGUUGGCAAUGAUAAGGAGCCCCUUGAUUUGACACAAGACAAAUACCUUGAUGUGUUCAAGAAGUCCAUGGAACAGUGGGGCAAGGAGAUGGCAGAGGACAAGAACCAAGCAAAGUAUGGUUAUGUCGAUAUCCGGGGAACUGAGCUGAAGCCUUACGGCACGUCGUAUGCUGCAGCAUAG